AUGGCAUCAGUCGACCCGCAGCCGAUCGAUCUAUCCGAGGAUGAGCUCGAUCUCAUCCCCACCAGCUCUCGCCGACACACUACCAAACAGCCGCGCUACUCUUCCUACGAGCCGCGCGAGAGGAAGCGACGCACACACUUGCACCAGACAGCCGGACAGUCAGAGACACGUGCAGACGCUGACCGCCUAUUCUGGCGAUCUUUCUCUGUACCACGCCCGACCCACGACGAUUAUCCGGCGAUGCCAUCGAGUGCUGCAGAUGACGACUACGCGCCACACACCACCGCGCCCAACUACACAGAGAUGCACUCGAGUCCCACUGAGCACCACGUCCCGCACACGGCCGAACCAGCUGGCUCCUCCACAAUUCCACCAUACACUCGGGAGUCAAUGCAUGAAGCGACCGACUCUCUUUUCCAGUUCCCUUACUGA